AUGGGCACUGCUGUGCAUAUGGUCCUUGUGGUCUGUUUCAUGCUAUUCGGGCAGACUUUAACCAUUUCUGACCCGGAUCUACAGCAAAGGCUCCGGGAUCUGGACACUUUCAUCCAGACCCUGAUGACAUGUGAGUCCAGGCCUGUAGUCGGUCUGACCGUGUCCGUGGUCAAGGACGGCGAGACCAUUUUCGCCAAGGGGUACGGCCAGAGGGACCUGCAGACGGGACAAGCUGUGGACAACACGACUCUGUUCGGAGUCGGCUCCAUCUCCAAGUCCUUCACCACAGCCCUGUUAGCGGCCAUUCUCGGGGAGAGGGAAGACGUGAACUGGGACACCGUCCUGACGGACAUCCUGGGGCCGGACUUCAGGUUCAGGGACGAGUUUCGCACCAAAGAGACGACCCUACGAGAUAUCCUGGCGCACAAAACCGGUCUAGAAAACAUUCUAGAAAAUCCUGCUUUUACAGUGGGACAGGAUUACGACAGAUCGGAACUGGCAAGACGAAUGCGGUACCUCAGACAGAUCUACCCAUUCCGUACCGUCUGGCAUUAUAACAACGAUUUGUACACCCUGGCUGGGCACGUAGCGGAGAAGCUCACAGGGAAGUCCUGGGAGGCCCUCUUGCGGGAACGAGUAUUAGGACCACUGGGCAUGGACGACACAGUGUACUUGGAAGACGUCCUCGAUGACGAAAGUUUCUCCAAUUUAGCCCAGACGUACCUGACGUAUAACAGAACAGGUCAAUCUGUGGCGUACAGUCAUGACGAGUUCAGGCCUAUCACGUUGCAUAAUCCUGCAGGAGGUGUGGUGUCCAACGCCUUGGACAUGGCCCGGUACAUGAACUUCCAGCUGAGCGGGGGGAAGAACGCGGCCGGCCGCCUGGUGGCGCCGGAGGACACCUUACGGCACACCCACGUGGCAGAGUUCACCUCGAGUUUUGACCCCGACAAGCUUGAACCUGACUGGCCAGUAGAGGCGGGGACGGAGCAGGGCUACGGGUUGGCGUGGUUUGUUGGCACCUACCGAGGAUACAGGCGACUACAACACAGUGGCUUUGUGGCAGGCUAUGUUUCUCUCCUGUCCCUGUACCCUGCCGCUUCGGGAGGAGUUUUCACCUCCGUCAACGGCCCCAACAGUUUCACUGAUGAUGCAGCCAUCGACGUCCACGAUAUGAUCCACGCCCUGGUAGGGGACAUCGUAACAGGUAAGGCCCAUUGGCUUAACGACACCAUAGCCUGCACCUAUCCUGAGCCUUGGUUGACGAGACCAAAGUACAACAGCACCGUCCCCCCUGAGAUCUCGGACAACUUCCCACGGGACAAACGUGACUACGAAGGAGUCUACGGCAACCGUGCGGCAGGCAACCUGACCAUCAGCCUGAACACGACUGAUGACAACUUAUACCUCAGUUUUGGUGUGAUCGGACGGGGUCUAGUUCUCCCUUCCACCUCUCCUAACCGCCUUCUCCUCCGCUUGCAAGGGCCGUUAGAGUAUUUGCCACUUGUCAUUGCUGAUGUAGGUGAGAAAGAUGGUAGGAUCUUCUCGCUGUCCUUACAUCGCUUCCCCCCUGAACCGGCUCUACUGUUCGAACGUGGCUUGAAGCUGACCGACCCGGACCCUACACUGCCGAAGUGGGACGACUGUACCGGCGUCUCUGGGUCUCCGAGUGGUAGCUCGCCUAGUUCCAUCUUCGUGGUUUUGUUCUGCAUGGCUUCUGUCUACAUGACCACGAUGGUGUGAUGCUCAAAAGCAUAAAGUAAAUGAUAUGGGUAGUAAAAGUGUCAGCUUCGUAGACUAGAAAAUUUCAUGUUUUCAAAAAGGUUUUCUGUCGUUGGUAUCUGCUGGGCGUUCUGUAUAAUUUCUUCUCUCAUAUCAACCAUGCUUACUCGAAAAGGAAGACAACAUACACAAACAGGGAAUACACCUCUAAUAUUCCUUUAUUUUUUUUGUUUAUCAAAAUUUUGGUAGGAACACGUUACAGAGUUCUCUACAUUGGAGGUUCUUGUCUGUCCUCCAUGUCUCUUGUGACAUCAAAAGGACUAGAAAGGCAUGGUUCAGUGGUACUUUGAUACAAAUUGUGCCUUGAUUUACCCAUCAAUAACUUUCGCAGUGGAAAUAUAAAAAUGCUUUGUCUCUAUAAUGCCAGUCUAUGUAAUAAAUAUCUCAUAAUUGUUUCAUUGGAUGCUUUUUACAUAAAUAAGCUUUGCUAAGCAUCCUAUCGUUUACCCCGGGUUCUUGAAAAUGUUUGGAUUGUGUGCAUGCUUGCUGACCUUGCAGUGUUACGUAUAGGACUUUGUGCAAAACCAUGACAUUCAUUUCAGUCUACUGAACACCGUUUCCGUGCAACAAACAGCAACUAUGGCAACUCUGAUGCUCAUAUGACCUAUACUAUAGCUCCCUCUGUACAUGGCCAAAUUCCUGACGCCACCGGUGGUUACAAAAGCACUUCGUCUUUUAGCAAUUUCAGAAAUGCAUCAUUCUCUGUUCCAAUAAUGUCUAUUAGUAGGUAUAUGAUGCGCAGUGAAAUAUAUUACAAGGCACAGGUCCCAGAGUAUGCACCCCAAAUACGGGGUAACAUACAGGUUUAAAUUCUUUUCUUUCCUUAGUCAAUUGGGCCAUGUACAUGUCGUGAGCACUGCUCUCUAUCCCAUCACUUUUGGCAACAUUUGUCUGCUCCCUUUACUAAUGUAUAAUAAACAUUUGCAGGUGUCCAACAUCAAUCAGUGGUGAAUGGUUUCUACCUA